UAGCAUUUACAUGAUUGGAACAGCGAUGGAAUACUAAAUUUAAAAUUUGGCCAACCACAAAGCUGAAAAACAAAACAACCCAAAAUUAUCUGUUGAUAGCAUUUAUUUUUACCAUUAACAAAUUAAGAAAGAAGUGUGCCAGUGGUGGAUUUGGGAAUCAUAAUGACUUCCAUUCGUGAGAUAGAUACUGGUUCAGGUGGAGAGAAUUGGGCUUCUUCCCCCUGGGGUGAAGCUUCUCAGGAACAAAGGUCAGAGAAUCCCUGAAAGAUUCCAUUUCAACAACUGAGAAUCUCAAAUGCUUUGAAGGGGCAGGGUCAACUCUCUGAAAAAAGCAAAGGGUUUGUUGAGUGUUCCCCACUGAAAAGGGGGGUUUGGGCAGAGAAAGACCAGAGGCUUCUUUCAAGAUACUUCAGGAGAGACAUAGGUCUCCUCUUUUCACCCUAAACUUAGGUCAAGAAAUACCUGUGGAAUUCCCUUAUGUGAGAAAAAGGUGUAGAACUUACUUUCAGUGUAAUAUUGCUUGAUGAAACAGCUGGACACCUGAACAACAACAAAAGUCUUGAGUUCUGAAUGCAACACACACAAUCCUAGAGCAUGGGUUUUUUUUUUUUGACAAUGUAGUAGAUGAAUUAAAGGAUGCGCCAUCUAGUGGCCCUGAAGAUGAAACACAGCAAAUAGAAAUUUUAAAUCCAGGAAUUCUAGCAAAACUACCUAAAAUCUUUAUGGGGAAAAGUUAUUUAUUAAAGAAAAAAAGAAGAACUAAACAAAUGGAAAGUCAUGUUACCUCAUGAUUGAGAAAACUUACCAUAAUUUCUCAAUCUUGCCAAAUUAAUUUGAAAAAGCAGUACAACUUGAACUGAAGUCACAACAUAUUUUUCUCAUAGCUCCCCUCCCCUCCUUAAUAACACCAUUCAUUGUUGAUCAGUGAUGCAAUGUUAAUAUUCAGUAAGCCCAAAACAAAACAGUAACUUUAUUUUACCAACAAAUUAUGAAGGAACUUUUUUUUUAAGAUAAUGGAAGAUAUAGCUAAUUCUAAAAUUUGCAUGAUGGAGUAAAGAGCAAGAAGAGCCAAAAUAGUUUUGAGAAAAAGUAUUAGGAGAUAUCAAGUAUAAUCAGAUAUCAAGAUUUCUUACAAAGCUCUAGCAAUCUAAGCUGUAUAUUACUAUCAACAGACAAAAAUAGACCAGUAGACCAAAAUCAUGAGCCUAGAAACAGUCCUACCUACAGAUACAAGCACUGUUGUAUGAUAGAAGUAGCUUUAAAAGUCAAUGGUGGAAGGAUGGACAUUUUAAAAAUGACUGUUGAUUUGCAAAUGAUAAAGUCAGAUUCUUUAACUCACACAAUACACAGAAAUAUGUUCUAGAUGGUUUGAAAACAAUUCUGAAGAGGAAAAGUGAAACAAUUAAAUGCAUUCACCAUAGGUGGGUAAAGAAUUCUUAAAGACAAAAGCACAAACCUACAAGGAAAAUGUUGAUAUAAUUUCCACACUAUUAAGAUAUUUUGUGAUAAAAGGUACUAUUAACAGUGAAAUGUCAAAUUGGAAGCAUGUUUUUAUAUUGAAAUAACUUCCAAAAGAAUGCUUUGGAAAUACUUUUUAAAAAAAUGAAAAGUAAUAAAUGAGCAAAAGGACUCAUACUUUCCUGGUAGGUGUAGAAGUUGACACAGACUCUUUGGAAGUACAUUGACAGUGCCUAGUAAAGCUGAAAGGUGUGUAUCUCAUGAUCCAGAAAUUUCAAGACAAGACCCUAGAAAACGUACAAGUACACAAGGAAUUAUGCACAAAACUGGUGUUUUAGAGCCCUCUUGAGCAUUUAAAGGGUGUAAACAGCUUAUCAGGAAUGGUUCCACAGAGGAUGAAGGUCCACCCAGAAGCAAAGGUGAAUUGACCAGAUCCACAUGAUCAACAUGGACUCAACUGUUCAUUUUAUUACAGAACUGGAGCAUGUCGUCAUGGAGAUAAAUGUUCGCGGUUGCACAAUAAACCAACCUUCAGCCAGACCAUUGCCCUCUUGAACAUUUACCAUAACCCUCAAAACUCUGCCCAGUCUGCUGAUGGUUUGCGCUGUGCUAUGAGUGACUGGGAGGUGCAGGAGCACUAUGAUGAAUUCUUUGAGGAAGUCUUCACUGAGAUGGAAGAAAAGUAUGGACAGGUUGAAGAGAUGAACGUCUGUGACAACCUAGGAGACCACUUGGUAGGGAAUGUGUAUGUCAAGUUUCGUUAUGAGGAGGAUGCAGAGAAAGCUGUGAUGGACUUGAAUAACCGCUGGUUUAAUGGGCAGCCAAUCCGUUCAGAGCUGUCCCCAGUUACUGACUUCACGGAAGCUUGCUGCCACCAGUAUGAGAUGGGCAAGUGCCUAAGAGGGUCCUUCUGCAACUUCAUGCAUCUGAAGCCAAUCUCAAGAGAGCUCAAACAGAAGCUGUCUAGGCUCCAUCGCAAGAGGCAUAGAUCCAGGUCCCGAUCCCGGGAAAGGCAUUCUCCAUCCAGAGACAUAAGGCAUGGUGGCAGCAGAGGAGGUGGAGGACGAGAGCAUUACAGGAGGCAGUCUAGAUACCUCAAGAGAUACGGGAGAUUCUGAGCCCAGUUGUUUAUACCUGUGUAUCUGCUAGACAGUGUUGUAGUUGAUUGACAAGCCAGUUCAUAUUGGAACUUUUUUUUUUUAACAACCAAAAAAGAUGAGUUUCUGAAUAAAAUUUGUAGUGAUAAAAUAAGAAAAAACACCUUAUUAAAUACAGGGUUCAGGGUCUUCCUGUGAA